AUGGCGCCAUCACUACUUGUGGACCAACCAGGCGAGCAACUCAUUGCCGCGCCUGCCAGACCACUCGACAAGAGGAUAAUCAAGACUUCAACCCCCAAUCCAUCAUUACAAGUGACUGCCGACCACCAGUUGAAGUCAGUAAAUGCACCAGUCUAUGCGCCUGGCUUCGCCAAAGGUGCUCUGCUCGAGCCACUCUCAGUAGUCAUGCACGGCAUGAGGUCCACGGGACUCAGCCUGGGACGCGGAGUCGUAGUCUGUGGUGCCGGGCCGAUUGGUCUGAUCGCGCUGGCUGCUGCUCGUGCAUCGGGUGCGCAUCCCAUCGUGAUCACGGACUUGGAGCCUAGCCGGUUGGCCUUUGCCAAGGACUUUGUUCCUUCUUGCAUCACCUACCAGGUUGAUAGAACCAAGGAUGCUCAGGGAAAUGCCCAGGCCAUCCGGACGGUUUUUGGAGACUCUGAAUACGUGGCCCCGGACACGGUGUUGGAGUGCACCGGCGUGGAGAGUAGUAUGUGUACCGCGGCAUACACUGCGAGACGAGGCAGCACCGUGAUGGUAAUUGGAGUAGGGAAAGCGAUGAUGAACAACUUGCCCUUCAUGCACCUCUCUCUUGCUGAGAUUGACCUACGCUUCAACAACCGCUACUGUGACACGUGGCCACCAGCGAUCCAGUGCCUGAGCGGUGGGAUUCUAGACCUGACGAAGCUGGUACCGCAUGUUUUCCCGCUUGAAAAGGCUGAAGAGGCUCUGCAUCUCUGUGCCGAUACUCGGAACGGUAGCAUCAAGGUCAUGGUGGUAGACGACCAAGAGGCUUCAUUAUAG